AUCGCCCAUUCAGUCACAAUACCACCCUUGGUGGCCGCGGCGCGAGUGAGACUUUCCAACGAAUAGUGUUAACCGAACCAGGAAUUGGGAUUACGUGAUUAUCAUGAAGGGACCACUCAGUGUCCUGACAGCCGUGCUGCUGAUCGCGGCUGCCAGUUCCCAGGAUGCCUCCGAUUAUCUUCUCACUGGAUACUCCAAUCCCAUGAGCAGUAGUCUGGCCCAUCAAUUCUUUAACUUGGCUGCUACACAAAACUACCUCCCCUCCAAUGGAACCCAGCUGAUGAUCCAGGGUUAUGAGACCCGGGACGAUGAGGAAGAUCUGUGCCAGCGGGACAUCAAUCGUAUUCGAGAUGGUUUGAAUAACUUGGAGGAAUGGGCCAUGGAAUUUCCGGAUACAUGGGGCCGCCUGCCGAUCGGUCUCUUCUGGGGUCACACCAUCAGUAUGGGUCAGUACGAGGAGUGUGUGGCUGCCGAGAGUACAUAUGGCACUGAACUCCGAGGUCAGUACUGUCUGGCCUCCUUGAACAUCACAACGUUCUACCAAAAGAUUAAGAAACGCGGCCAUGAAAAUCCAACUGCCAGGAUCAGUUACAAGCAAACGGAUCCGCAGGUCUUUGAGUUGGGAAUUUGUGUUCCAAAGACCUGCAGUGCCACUCAGACCAAUGACCUGCUUAAGACUGUUAUUUCGCACUUUUAUGGCGAUGAUGUCGUUAAUCUAACCCAGACAAUGGUCACAGAGACGCGUUGCAAGUAUGAUGCCCCCAUCGAAUUGCGUGGAAUUGAUAUUUUCGCCAUAAUUUUCUUCUCGCUCAUCAUUUUCUUCAUGAUAGCUGCCAGUGUCUAUGAUUAUGUACAGACCCGUAAUGGAGCUGAAAAGAAACCCCUGUUUUUGGCCUUCUCCGUCCUCCACAACGCUCCCAAGAUCUUCACCGUCAAGAAGGUGAACAAUCCCAAUGUCAUCCAUUGCCUGAACGGCUUGCGUUGCUUCAGCAUGAUGUGGGUGGUCUUCGGUCACGGCUACAUGACCUUCUAUGAUCUGCCGCACAUCAACAAGAACAAGUUCUACACCUGGGUGGAGACCCCCUACUCAAUGCUCGUCCAGAACGGAUCCCUUUGCGUGGACACAUUCUUCUUCAUGUCCGGUUUGCUGAUGUGCUGGGGAGCCUUCCGAGAGCUGGAGAGGACCAAGGGCAAGCUGAACAUCCCGAUGAUGUACUUCCAUCGUUACAUCCGUCUGACGCCAGUGGUGGCUGUGGUGGUACUCUACAUCAUGUCCCUGUACAAGUACUCUGGAGAGGGUCCCAUGUGGUUCAAGCUGGGCACCCAGGAUAAGCGUUGCGAGGACACCUGGUGGGCCACUCUGCUCUACGUCCAGAACUACGCCUUCCCCUACAGCAUUUGCAUCUCCCAAUCCUGGUAUCUAGCUGUGGACACCCAGCUGUACUUCCUGUCGCCUCUGUUCCUCAUUCCCUUGUGGAAGUGGGGCAAGAAGGCUCUCGUCCCGAUUGUGAUCUUCCUGAUCUUGUGCCUCGGCUGCACCUUUGCCACCUUUAUGUACAACGACUUUACGCUGUUCCGCGUCCAGGACGACCAUGUGGAUCUCCGCCAGAGGCUGACCUACUACCCGACCCACACACGCAUUCCCACCUGGCUGAUCGGCGUGAUCUUCGGCUACUUCCUGUUCACCAAGAACCGCGGACGCCAGAUUAAGAUGAGCAAGCCCGUGGUGUUGGCUGGAUGGUUCGUGGCCUUCGGCACGAUGCUGGCCUGCAUGUGGGGACCCUACUGGCGCAUCCUGCCCGACACCCCCGACUCUCCAUUGAUCGAGGGCGCCUUUUUCGAGCCCCUGAGCAGGACCUCCUGGGCCCUGGCCAUCGGCUGGAUCGUGUGGGCCUGCUACAAUGGUCACGGUGGUCUCGUCAACGACUUCCUCUCCUGGGGCUUCUUCACCGGCUUCAGUCGUCUCACCUACUGCAUGUACGUCAUCCAUCGCAUCGUCCAGCUGGUCAACGCCGCCCGUCUCCAAACAGACACCCACUUCUCCAACUAUGAUGCCGUUCUCCGCUGGUGGCACGACUUUGGCAUCACCCUCACCGCCUCCAUCUUCGCCACCCUGGCCUUCGAGGCUCCCAUUCUGGGCAUUGAGAAGGCCAUCUUCGGUGGCAACAAAAAGCCGGCAGCCAAGAAGCCAACUCCCGGUGAGCUGGCCAGGUCAGCUCCGGUGGCCACUCCAACUCCCACUGCUGCUGUGGUGGAGCAGGAGCCCGAGAAGAAGCCCGUAGAGGAGAUCACGGCGGAUAUCACUCCAGCACCCACACCCGCCAGUGUCGAGAAUCCAUCCAAUGCCUAGGCGAUACUUUUUUUU